AUGGAUCAAGACAAGCAACAGGCUGAGACCAUCGAAAAGGUCGGCGCUCCUCCCCAGGAGCUGCCACUCCCGGUAGAGCUCGAGGGCAAGAGUCCGGCAGAUCUGGAGAAGUUGGAGAAGAAGCUGGUCCGGCGUUUGGACUUUCACCUCAUGCCGGCGGUCGUGAUUCUGUUCCUGAUGAAUAUUCUGGAUAGGAACAAUAUUGCCAACGCCAAAAUAUCUGGAUUGCCAGAUACACUCGGAAUUAGCAACACGGAGUACAAUACUUGUCUCAUGAUAUUUUAUGUCGGAUAUGUCCUCACCCAGGUUCCAUCGAACAUCCUCAUCCUGAAGGUCAAGCCCUCGUUGUAUAUUGGAGGAGUCACAGCAGCCUGGGGUAUUGUCUCCAUGUGCCAGGCCUUCACCAAGAACUUUGCUGGUCUUUUCAUGUGCCGCUUCGUUCUGGGCCUUGUGGAAGGCCCAUUCCUGCCAGGCGUGUUUCUGCUUCUGUCGUGCUGGUAUAAGCGAUCCGAGCUGCCACCGCGGAUUGCGAUCCUGUAUGGAGCCAACAUGCUUGCGAGCGCUUUCGGUGGACUCAUUGCAGCUGGGAUUAUCAGCCGGAUGGAGAACAAACUAAACCGACCAGCUUGGGAAUGGCUGUUUAUCAUCGAGGGCGCCAUGACAAUCGCCAUUGCUAUACUGGUCAUCCCAUUCAUCCCAGACUUUCCAGGCAACACUAAACGCUGGUGGCUGAACCGUGAGCAGCAGAUAUACGCCGACUGGCGCCUCCAAAACGAAAACGCCGGUAUCGAAGACUCCGAUCCCAAGUCGUUAACCUGGGGCGUCAAGCAAGCCAUCCGCGACCCGAAGCUGUACAUGUUCAUCAUCCUGCAAAUGUCUCUCAUCACGGCACAAUCGUUCAACAACUUCUUCCCCUCUAUCGUAGGCACACUCGGAUACAGCGACACAAUCACCCUCCUCCUCACAGCGCCGCCGUACUUCGCUGCCUUCAUCUGCUCGCUGUGCAUUUCCUUCCAUGCCGCGCAUAAACAGGAGCGCGGGCUGCACAUCGCAAUUCCGCUGCUAUUCUCCCUCUUAGGCAACCUCCUAGCAAUGUUCGUCCCCACAACCGGCGGCCGCUACUUCAGCAUGUUCCUCAUGACAGCCGGCUCGUACUCCCCCUACAACCUCUGCGUAUCAUGGCUGAGCUCUUCCCUGCCACGCCCCAAAGCAAAGCGCGCCGCCGCACUGGCAAUAAUGAACCUGAUGGGCGCGGGCGUUGCCCACUUCUACACCUCGUACAUGUUCCCGGACUCCCAGAAACCCAGAUACUACGCCGGCGGAGGGAUUAUGACCGGCGCGUGUUUGCUGUGUACUGUUAUGGCGCUGGUGAUUAAGUGGCAUCUGAGGAAGGAGAAUAGGCGGAUGGAUGAGGAGGAGGAUCGGAAUGUUUCGGCUACUGCGACGGGGGCUGUUAGUAGACGGCUUGGUGAGGAGCAGGUUAUUUCGUUUAGAUACGUGCAUUAG